GGUAAAAAAGAAAUUCUGCAUUUUGACAUCUGCCAAGACUCAUCAGAUGUAACCGUCCCUCGACUGGCCACAGUAUUUCAACUAUCUUAAGGGUGUUUUAAAUAGUAUUAAUGAUUUUACCAGUGCAUUUAUUAUAAAUACAUUCAGUAGCUGUGGUUCUCAGCUAAAAUGGACGAUGCAGUUGCCCUGCAGAGGCUCGAGCACCUGAUGACUGAAUUUUUCUCAUCGAAUACGACAAACGAACGAAUACGUACGAUCGAGCAGAGCCUCCACGAGUUCACAGCCCAGAUAAACUCGUGGAGGCCCUGUCUGCACUUCCUCUCAUCCACAAGCAAUCACUUUGUCAGUAUGUUUGCACUGACAACCCUGGAGACGACAAUUGGAAGACGAUGGCCAAUUCUACCGUGGGAGGAUAGAGCUUUGAUAAGAUCGACCCUGUAUACGCUGUCACUGGAGCACGGGGUGGCUCCAUAUGUCAGGAAUAAAAUUGUAAAGCUGGUGGUGGACAUCGCCAAGCAUGACUGGCCACACUUCUAUCCUGAUUUUUACUCGAAUAUUCUCCAGCUGUUGGGGCACAAGCAGACGAGACUCUUGGGACUUAUUUACCUCAGGACUGCUUCCGAGGAGCUAGCGACACCCAGGGAGGAUCUACCUAUUCAGAGGAAGACUGAAUUGAUCAGGCUGUUGAGUGCUCAGGUAGCCACCACCCUGGACACACUCACAGCCCUCCUGACUGAAACAAUUAAAUCCCAGGCUCGUUCAGGCACAGUGACACCUCCACCCUCUCCAACCGGUGGCCAGGGCGUUCCUCCAGCCCGCUCAGUCCUUGACGUUGAUGGUCUAGCAAUAGGCAGCAACGACAUAUGCAUCGCUACCCUGGAAGUCCUCGCACAUCUAUUCAGCUGGAUUAUCCCCACUGACCAUAUAUCCUCGAAUCUCCUAGACGCCGUUUUCUCGUGUGCCAGGUACUACGAAUCCAUGAAUGGACGCCAGGUGGAGAUGGUGGUGCAAGCCAUGACCACAAUUAAUGAGCUUCUCUAUCGUCCGUGUUCUCCAAGCACGAGCGAGACACUUCUCCUCCAGAUUUUCGAUAAUGGAGUUACGUUGUUCCAGGUGAUGGAGCGAUUGGACAGCAUCGACGAGAGUUAUCUGGAGAAGACAACGGAGUUCCUCCAGCUGUUUGUGACAAAUCACCUGAAGAGGGUAGAGUCCUGUCCGAAAUUCCCGGUACCGACGUUCCUGGAGGUCCUCUAUCAUCACACCUUUCAACAGAAUACAUCAAUCUCCGGGUACCUUCGGUGUCUGGAGGUUUGGAGUAUUCUCCUGGAGUCCACGCAGUCCAGGUACUCCACAGUGGCCCUGGCCUUUGCUGAGAGAGUCCUCAAUCGUAUGUCCUUCAAGGUGGAGGGGAGAAAUCUCAAGGAUUUGGAUACCGAGACACUAGAUGACAAUGAGGAGACUGAGUGGCAGCACUUUCUCAGGUGCAACAUCGAGUGCUUGGCGAGGGUCGCUGAUAUUUCACCCCUGCCAGUUUUUAAUCUACUGUACAGGUCCUGGAGGGCUGACCUGACAAUCUACGGAGAACUCGGUUCAGCCCUGUCCCGAGGUCAAGUGACAAUACUCUCCGAGUCAGACGCAACGACAGUUCAUUCACACCUCCGGGACUUGGCAUCAACGACGCAAGCCCUAGCUCGCCUCUACUCCCUAUUCGCUGAUCCCCAGGACAAUACCUCGAACUCCCCUGUGGAGGAUCUGGUGAAUCAGACCCUCGAUGCCUGCACAUUCGCCCAGAACAAUCACCUCUUCCAUCCACCUCUGCAACCUCCAGCGAUUGUUGUGGAUCUUGUCGAGGUUCACUCGCAGUUCCUGGCGUCCUUGCAGGCAUGGUGUCACUGGAUGGCAAAGCAACCGGACAAAUUCCGGGAUAACUUCACACAGAGAUCCAUCCAAGUCUCCAUCUGGGCAUUGUCUCAACCCAGACCUUCAGAACCAUUAAUUCCGGUUAAUCUCGUUCAUUCCGCUGCACAUCUUCUCCAGAGUGUCACCGCCAUUUUACGGCCCAAUCUCUGGGACCACCAAGACUUCAGGGACCUCGUCACCACGCAUAACUACCCCUCGAUGAGGCCGGAUACAGUCAAAGUUCUGAGGCGAGCUCUUGUCAACGGAAUUAUCCUGGUGCCUGGUGAUGCUGCUGUUAGGCAACGAUUACUCUCAUCAAUGAUAUCAACGUUAUCGUCGUCAUUGGGGGCUCUUGGCCACCAGAUUCCCUCGGAGACAAGUGUCAAUACAUCCACGACACAUCUGAAACAACUCGUCGAGGACUGUUGCUCGUCGUCCACGAGCAUCAAGAAAAUGCUUCAUGAGUGUAUUCAGGAAACCAUCAACAGGAUUUUGGAGCUACUUCCUCAUCUAGUCAGGUCACAAGCUUGUGAGGGUCUCAUGAAUUUUUUACACGCUGUCUUUCAUGUUCUCCAACAGCAAUUGGGAGCUGAUUUUAUUCAGAGAGCUGUCCAGGGGAUGCUGCAGAUUUACAGCGCUGAGAAUAUAAACUCUGGAGCUGCUCUAGAUCAACUACUGGAGAUUAUGAUUCUCGUUGUCUCAGCACCUAGUGCUGCUUUCAAAGCUUUUGUUCCUGCUAUAACUGGACUUUGUCUUAGGCAGGUGUGGCCAGCUGUUGGUGGAGAUCUCAGUGCUCAUCCAGACACUACUCUUGUUCUUUUGCGACUUUUUCAUGGUAUUUUGAUGCAUAGGUGGCAGUAUUUUUACGGAUCUGGGGUACUCAGGAACUUUGGGGGACCGUUGGAGGAGCAUGUCGAGCACAAGGACGAACUCGUUGCCAUUCUCGAGGCUUUUGGACAAGCACUGCUGCAGCCUGAUGUCAACAUAUUCAGGCAGAGCCUCCAGAGCCUUGAGGUCCUCAACUCCAGAUGGAGAUUGUACCAGAAGGAGGUGUUCAAGAGCCAUCUCCUCGAGAGGUUUCUCAUGGCGCUGUUUACAGUUUUAAUUCACAGGUCGCAUAAUCUUCUUGCGGAUGAUAUUGCUGUGGCUAUUCAUAAUUUAGCUGGGGUUGACAUCAACUGGUUCUUCAGUCACUUUCUACCGACAUUCUUGGCCGGCUGCGAGGGCCUCGAUGAUGUGCAGAGGGCGACGUUGUUGGAGAACUUCGAUAAAUCAACCGAUCAACCAACUCUGACGAGAUCAGUGCUUCGUAUCGUCUCGGACCUCCGUUGUUAUCAGAUGUGCAGACCCGUGUAAAUACCAAUCUUCAUUAGAUAAAAUGAAAUGCCCAAGUCCCCCUGGGAUUCAAUCGAGAAUUUUGACUUUUUAAAAAAAUCAUGUAAUUAACCGAAGACGAAAAUUAAUCAUUCGUCAUUCGUCACUGCCGAUUAAUUAUGUAUAAUGAAUUGUGAAUAAUGAAUUCCCACUUUUAAUAAUAAA